CUGGCGGACCUGCUGCAGGUAUGAGCUCCACUUUUAAAGCUUUUGUACGUGACGCAGAGGAAUCUUCACAACCCGACAUUAGUUACAGGGAAGAGGAGGAGGUGUUGUUCAAUGUUCACCGCAGUUACGGCUCCAUGGUGAUCUCCCAGAUCACACCCUCUCUCUACCUGAGUGGUGUGGAGGCCGUGAAUCCGGCUGCUCUGGCCCACAGGCGGGUCACUCUGCUGGUUCUCGCCACAGAUGAGCUGCUUUUUCCAGAGCCUGCGAGUGUGGAGCUUGUUCGUGUUCCCAUCCGGGAUGAACCACACGCCCCUCUCUCCCAGCACUUCGACGCUGUGGUGGAGCGAAUCCAGCAGAACCGCAGUGGCAGCACACUGGUGUGCUGCGCUGCAGGCAGGAGCAGGUCUCCAGCGCUCGUCAUGGCCUUCCUCAUAAAGAAUGAAGGGCUUUCUUUGUUGCAGGCACACCAGCGGGUUCUGGAGGCCCGGCCAUUCAUCCGGCCCAACGCUGGCUUCUGGAGGCAGCUGCAGGAGUACGAGCGGCAGCUGCGGCACUGCAACAGUGUGAGGAUGGUGGCCACCUCACAAGGAGUGCUGCCUGAGGCAGUAGGACAGACACAAGACGGUCCAUACUGCCUGAAUGUUUAACAUGGCUCAGUUCCAGUCUUGUUCUCACAUAUUUGAUCCAGACAGUUAAGAGGAGAAUAACACUGAUGUUUCAAACGUUCAGCCUAAUUCAGUUGUUUAAAUGAGAAUGUUCACAUCUUGAGAGGCUUGAUGUCAAAUGCUUUGUUCUAGAGGAGCUUACUGAGUCACAGUUGUUCAGCUGUGGAGAUCAGAUAUCUGAACAAUGUAAUGCCUGUAAAAGCUACAUCACAAAGUUAUUACACAAAAUGGUUAUGAAUGUGCAGCCUUAUGCUUGAGACCUUGUUUCAUGAUAGUUUUGAUUUAGGUUUUAGCCUAAAAUGUAUCUUUAAAAUCUGUUCAGUGCAGCCAGGUAUACGGAGGGCAUUGUAAAACAAAUUUUCUCGGAUUUACCAGUUUCACCAUUAACAUCAUAUAGAUGCCACAUGUAGCUUAUCUGGUAAAAAACCGCUCUGAAUUACCUUGUUUACAUCUCAAAUACUGAACUAAGCAGAAUCAGUGGGACUUGACGGAGUUGUGUAAAAGCCACAGACUACACGCAGUAGCUGCCAGGCUAAUCCAACUCCACACCACAGCCGUCCAGUUGCAGUUCGCAAAUGAGGAGUUCUGAAACAGAACAGGAGGUGCAAGUGUUCUGGAUCAGAUGUGCACAGUAACUACGCCGAAUCCCUCUUGUUGAUGGAACUUUUGAAGCCAGCAGCAAAUUUAGGUCUUAAUAGAACCACAGUGUCAGCCAUGAGACAGUAAAAUUCCUCAGGUCUCAUUUAAUGGAGCUUCAACAGCAGCAGCAGAACGAAGCAUAACGUCCUGAUGGAGGAUUUCUUUGCCUCAGAUGAGCAGCAGAACCUAAGAACGGCUACAGGCCUGUACUAAAGCUAUAGACGUGCUAAUUGAUCACAGGCAUGUCAGUGAACUAAGACGGGCUGUAGUCUCAUCUGAAUUAAAACGUUUAAAGUACAGAUGGUGUUUCCCAUUGUGACUUCAUAUCCACAGUGUGGCACAGAGAAUGUCUAAAUGUGCUACCUAGUGCCACUGUCCAGAUGCACUGGAAGCUCUAACUGCUCAUGUUGGUCAUUUUCAAAAAGCAGCUGGAUUUUUAACAGAUGACUAAAAAGCUGGAACCAGUGAAGACGACCUACUGCAGUACCAUUUGUGUACUCUAGAGGUCGCAAGCUUCUGGUUUUAAAAUCCUGUGUUUACAUGUUA